GUUUGGUAACGCGGAGGUUUGGUAAUGCGAGCUGUUUUUCCAAAGAGUAGAUGAGGUGAAUGAGCUCCCUGGCCUGUCCACGUUGAAUUACGAUAUUACAAAAGUGAUUUUGUCUUUAACGUAGAAGAUCAUGUCUACCGCUCGUACAAUAAUCUGUUUAUUACGGAACGACUUGCGCCUGCAUGACAACGAGCUUUUCCAUUGGGCCCAGAGACAUGCAGAACACGUAGUCCCCUUAUACUGCUUUGACCCCAGGCAUUAUGAAGGAACUUACAACUACAACUUUCCAAAAACUGGGCCUUUCCGUCUGCGAUUUCUACUGGACACCAUCAAAGACCUCAGAAACACAUUAGUUAGCAAGGGCAGCAACCUUAUUGUGAGACAGGGAAAACCAGAAGAUGUUGUAGCAGACCUUAUCAAGCAGCUGGGAACUGUCAGCACUGUGGCAUUUCAUGAAGAGGUAACAUCAGAAGAGCUGACUGUUGAGAAAAAUGUAAAGUCUGUUUGCGCUCAGAUGAAGGUCAAGGUUCAAACCUGCUGGGGGUCUACUCUGUACCACAGAGACGAUCUGCCUUAUAAUCACAUUUCCAGACUGCCAGAUGUUUAUACUCAGUUCAGGAAAGCAGUAGAAAGCCAAAGUAGUGUGCGACCCGUCUUUCCAACUCCCGAGAAACUUAAGCCAAUUCCCCCAGGGCUCCAAGAAGGAGCUAUCCCCACUGCGGAAGACUUAAAACAGACAGAGCCAAUUGAUGAUCCUCGUUCAGCCUUUCCCUGUCGUGGUGGAGAAAGUGAAGCUUUGGCCAGAAUCAAACACUAUUUUUGGGAUACUAAUGCUGUUGCAACAUACAAAGAAACCCGUAAUGGUCUGAUAGGCGUGGAUUAUUCUACCAAAUUAGCCCCAUGGUUAGCACUGGGUUGCAUUUCCCCUCGAUAUAUUUAUCAUCAGAUCAAAACUUAUGAAACACAACGGACAGCCAAUCAAAGCACAUACUGGGUUAUAUUUGAACUUCUGUGGAGGGACUACUUUAGGUUUGUGGCUGUUAAGUAUGGAAACCAAAUGUUCCACAUCUAUGGACUUCAAAAUAAAUCUGUCCCAUGGAAAAAGGAUAUGAAGCUGUUUAAUGCGUGGAAAGAGGGACGUACAGGGGUGCCUUUCGUAGACGCCAACAUGAGAGAGCUGGCUAUGACUGGUUUCAUGUCCAACAGAGGGCGGCAGAAUGUUGCAAGUUUCCUCACGAAAGACCUGGGCCUGGACUGGAGGAUGGGUGCUGAGUGGUUUGAGUAUUUGCUGAUUGACUAUGAUGUCUGCAGCAAUUACGGCAAUUGGUUGUACAGCGCAGGAGUAGGAAAUGACCCCAGGGAAAACAGGAAGUUCAAUAUGAUCAAACAAGGCCUGGACUAUGACAAUAACGGUGAAUUUGUCCGGCAGUGGGUCCCAGAGCUGCAGGCGAUACGAGGGUCCGAUGUGCACACACCAUGGACCCUCAGCACUGCUGCUCUGUCACACGCUCAAGUGUCACUCGGAGAGACGUACCCUGUGCCCAUUGUGAUCGCACCAGAAUGGAGCAGACAUAUGAACAAAAAACAGCCUGGGGGGGCUUCAGGGUCUUCACAAAGAGGAAAGAAGGGCCCGUCUCACACUCCCAAACAACACAAGGACAGAGGGAUCGACUUUUAUUUUUCUAAAGGCAAAGGGUUUCCAUAAACUACAGACUGCAUUU